ACUCAUCCAAGCUGUGUUGUAGUGAAAUCACAUUCUACAAUUAUUUUGUUACCGGUGAGGAAGAUGUGAUAUAAAACUGAAAAGUUAGAAAAUUGAACAGCGUAAAAAGUGAACUAAGAAAAUCCCUAAUAAAAUAGUGGAUGUGAUUGUUUACGGAUUUUUGCCAAAGACAUGUUCACAAAAGUGUUUCAGUGCUUGAUAAUAUGCGUGAGCUUUGUUUUCUCCACCUGCCAGUACUACACGCGCGUGCUAAACGGCUCACCAGCGGUCAUCCAGCAGUACCCCAUCAUCGCGCAGAUGCUGCUGGACGCCUGGGACGACGGCCGCUACGAGCAGUACUGCGCCGGCGUCAUACUGACAUCGCGACACGUCAUCUCCACCGCGCACUGCUUCGACUACAGAGAGGAUCUGCGGAGGAAUUUCACUCUACCGCAAUAUUGGAAGGUCAGAGUGGGGUCAUCGUACCGAAGCCACGGCGGUGUUGUCCACAAAGUGAAGAAGAUCAUACAACACUACAGUUUCGACAAGUACUACUAUAUGAACGACAUAGCUGUAGUGGUGGUCGCCAAGAAGAUUACCUUCAGUCGAUAUGUGGGACAAGCGACUAUCAUCAAGGAGGGAACUGAGCUGCCAGAAAAUUCUGUGUGCACCCUCAUCGGUUGGGGUUCUACCUAUAGAGACGGGCCGCAGCCUGACCAGCUCCAAUACACGAACAUGUUGUCCAUCGACAACGAGCAGUGCAAGAUGCUGUACAGCAGCAUCGGCGCCGUCAUCACCACCUCCAUGCUGUGCGCCGGCCGCACAGAUGUCGACGGCGUCGACGGCUGCUUCGGCGACUCCGGCGGACCCCUCAUAUACCGCGGCGUCGUCGUCGGCCUAGUGUCGUUUGGCUACGCGUGCGGAUUCCGCAUGUACCCCGGCGUAUACACCAAGAUCUCCCAUUAUACGGACUGGAUCAUUAAAACUAUUACUACUAAUAAAUAAAUUUAUUGGUAC